AUGGGGAAGAUCGAUAGGGAAAUGGGUGUCCCCUGGACGCAGCCUGCGGAGGAUGGGUGCCCAGGUCGCCUCCUCUCUCCCGCUCCACCGGGCCCCGGAGAACAUCUGGGGAAUGCAGACUGCGGGGGGAGACACUCAGCCAGGAACCCCGCUCUGCCAAACAGGAGGAGGACGGCCGGCAGAGGAGAGCCGAGCGCCGGGAGGGAUAAGAUGGAGAAGCGGGUGGUGAACGAGGCGGGGAGCGCAGCCCGCCGGCGCCGCCAGAGCAGCGGGCGGGCGGGGCGGUCACGAUCGCGUCGCGGUAGCACGUUUCCCGGACACGGGAGUGAGAAGGACUCAGACGAGCUCGGGAAGGAAGGUGGUGAAGAGCAACACAAAAGAUAUUCGCUGGCAGCAAUAAAACAAAGCUACACGCAGAGUCACGGCGCUGCCCAGCAGCCGGGACCCCUGGUUCAAUUCCAGGGAGGGAUGCGCUGCCACCCCCGAUUUGGGAUGCCGGGGGUGGAGGAGUGGAAGGAGGGGCCAGCCGAAUUUGAACAUACCCAGGCUGCCGGGUUUGGAUCGCAUCUGCUCCCGCCGCGUGCGAGCGGAUUAAAUUACCGCAAAUUCAAACUGAAUGAGCCCUUUCCCCCUCCCUCCACCGGUCCCUCCCUCCCCUGGUCCCCUCCUCCCCGCUCGGCGCGGCAACCUCACGCCCGCAGCCGCUGCCGGCGCGGGGCAGACCAGCGGCGGGCAGGAGGAGGAGGAGGAGAGGCGCCGGAUCCAAUGAGGGGCGGCAGCUCGGAGCACCGCACCGCCGGCUCGCCCCAGCCCCGGCCCCCCGCCAGCCCCGCUCCGCCCCCCGGCCCCUCCGCCCCAGCCUGGCCGGCGGCGCUCUCCCCCGAGCAACUUUCCUACCCGCCCGGUGACCGCCCCGCGGGCCGGGGGCAGCAGCAUCGGCAGCAGCGGUAG